AUGGAGCCGCAGGAUCCAGUCAAGAGGGAAGGGAGGCUGACACCCGUGAUUGUUCUGGCAACACUGAUAGCUGCCUUUGGGUCGUCCUUCCAGUAUGGGUACAACGUGGCUGCUAUUAACUCCCCUUCGGAGUUCAUGAAAGACUUCUACAACUAUACCUACUAUGACAGAAUUGGUGAAUACAUGAACGAGUUCUACUUGACCUUGCUGUGGUCGAUUACUGUGUCCAUGUUCCCCUUCGGAGGCUUCCUCGGCUCUCUCAUGGUCGGCCCCUUGGUGAAUAAUUUAGGCAGAAAAGGAACCUUGCUGUUCAACAACAUCUUCUCCAUCGUGCCUGCGUUCUUAAUGGGAUUCAGUGAGCUCGCCAAGUCAUUUGAGAUGAUAAUUGUGGCCAGGGUUUUGGUGGGAAUAUGUGCAGGUCUGUCUUCCAAUGUCGUCCCCAUGUACUUAGGAGAGCUGGCCCCUAAGAACUGGAGGGGGGCCCUGGGGGUGGUGCCCCAGCUUUUCAUCACCAUCGGAAUCCUUGUGGCCCAGAUCUUUGGUCUUCGGAGUCUCCUGGCAAACGAAGAAGGCUGGCCCAUCCUCCUCGGAUUGACCGGGAUCCCCGCUGUGCUGCAGCUCCUCUUCCUGCCCUUCUUCCCCGAGAGCCCCAGGUACCUGCUGAUUCAGAAGAAAGAUGAAGCAGCUGCCAAAAGCGCUCUGAGGAGGCUGCGUGGCUGGCACGACGUGGACGCAGAGAUAGAGGAGAUCCUGGAGGAGGACAAGGCUGAGAAGGCUGCAGGCUUCAUCUCUGUGCUGAAGCUAUUCAAGAUGAGGUCCCUGCGGUGGCAGGUCAUCUCCAUCAUCGUUCUCAUGGCUGGCCAGCAGCUCUCCGGAGUGAACGCGAUCUACUACUACGCAGACCAGAUUUACCUGAGCGCCGGGGUGAAUGAGGACGAUGUCCAGUAUGUGACGGCGGGCACAGGUGCUGUCAACGUGCUGAUAACUGUCUGUGCCAUUUUCAUAGUGGAACUGAUAGGGAGGAGAUUCCUGCUCCUCCUGGGCUUCUCUGUCUGUUUCACUGCCUGCAGCGUGCUGACGGGUGCCUUGGUUCUGCAGGACAAGAUAUCCUGGAUGCCCUACGUCAGCAUUGCCUGCGUCAUCUCCUACGUCAUAGGGCAUGCCCUUGGGCCCAGUCCCAUCCCUGCACUGCUCGUCACUGAGAUCUUCCUGCAGUCCUCCCGGCCAGCUGCCUACAUGGUGGCGGGUACUGUUCACUGGCUCUCCAACUUCACUGUGGGCUUGGUCUUCCCAUUCAUCCAAGAGGUCACUGGUGCCUACAGCCUCAUUAUCUCUGCUGCAAUCUGCCUCCUCACUGCUGUUUACAUCUACGUGGUCAUUCCUGAGACCAAGGGCCGAACAUUUGUGAAGAUAAACAGAAUUUUUGCCAAGAGAAGCAGAGCAGAGUUUCUGGAGGAGAAAGAAGAAAUCGCAAAUGCUGAGCCUCACGUACCAUCCCUGUUGGCCACGGAGGCUUCCUUUUGUGGCUGUGCACGUCCCCAGAUGCCUCAAGACUUCCUUCUUGAGGAUGUUCAAGACUUCCUUCUUUAA